AUGGCUCUACUUCGAGAUGCUGGAAGUGAUACCCAGAGCAUCUUCAGUUCAGAGGAGCUGGAGGGGCUCAUCUUGAAAGACAAGAAGGCUUUUCUGAAGACCAAAUGCGCGGAGUGCGCUGGGAGCUGUGGAUUAGCCAAGAAGUACAAGGAAACCAUGGCAGUCAUCGUCAAGAGUAUGAUGGACACCUUUUGGUGUCGCGACUGCGGCCGGGUGCUGUGUGAUAGCCACCGGUAUCAACACACCUGUGAAAGACUAGAUGCAUUGAAGGAACGCAACGCCAAGAUUACCAAAGAGGCGUUACUGGAACAGCUCAGGGAGGAUGAAGCCAGAAAAGAAGCCCAAGAGGCAGCCGCAAAGGCGGAAGAACGACGGGCUGCUGAGAAGCUGGAGGAGGAGAAGUCGCGGAGGAAAAACCAGAGGAAACUGUUGGCACACAAGGCCAAACAAGUCGAAAGCUUCAUCCAGCAGCGCUCCAGAGAUACAGAUGGCCUGCGGCCGGCGGUGCACAACAAGCUCUUGGACUUGUACCCUCGGGUGAAGCGCUUGAGCUUGGCAUUGUACAACCAAUUUGAGCACCCGGAUAGCACCGAAGUAGGUGGUCCAGACUGGGAGGAAGUGAAAGAGAUCUACGCAGAAGCUCGUGAGCUGACUAACAUGAUCGUCAUGACCGAGAAUGGGCCGUUGGAUAUGCGCAACCCAUGGGAUCCUCCAGAUCCAGAAGCCCAAGAAGCUCCCAUGGAGGGCGCGUGA